CGGCCACGGCGGGGAACGCGGCGGCGCGUGGGAGCGGGGGGGAGGGGCGGGGAAAGCUCUAGUAGCGGCGGCGGCGGACGGUGGCAGGGUGUUGCGGCAGCCAUGGGGGCGCGGGGCACGAGUCGCCUCUGGUGGGGCAUCGUAAGCUGCACGUUGUUCCUGGCUGUUAAUGGUCUAUAUUCGGCCAGUGAUGAUGUGAUAGAGCUAACGCCAACAAACUUCAACAGGGAGGUCCUUCAGAGUGAGAGCUUGUGGCUUGUGGAGUUUUAUGCCCCAUGGUGUGGUCAUUGUCAAAGACUAACCCCUGAGUGGAAGAAAGCAGCAACAGCAUUAAAAGGAGUAGUGAAAGUAGGUGCAGUAGAUGCUGAUAAGCAUCAGUCCUUGGGCGGGCAAUAUGGCGUCAGAGGGUUUCCAACUAUCAAGAUUUUUGGAGCCAACAAAAACAAAGCGGAAGAUUAUCAGGGUGGCAGGACAAGUGAAGCCAUUGUUGAUGCUGCUCUAAGUGCUCUUCAGUCCCUGGUAAAAGACCGUAUUAGUGGCAGAAGUGGAGGAUAUAGUUCUGGGAAACAGAGACGAGAGAGCGGAGGUGGAGAUAAGAAGGAUGUGAUUGAGCUGACUGAUGACAGCUUUGAUAAGAACGUCAUAAAUAGUGACGAUGUGUGGAUGGUGGAGUUCUACGCCCCGUGGUGUGGGCACUGCAAAAAUUUGGAGCCAGAAUGGGCAGCUGCUGCCACUGAAGUGAAGGAGCAAACUAAGGGAAAAGUAAAGCUGGCUGCAGUAGAUGCAACAGUCAAUCAGAUGUUGGCAGGCCGAUAUGGGAUUCGUGGAUUUCCCACAAUCAAAAUCUUUCAAAAAGGAGAAGAUCCUGUUGAUUAUGAUGGUGGAAGAACCAGGUCUGAUAUCAUUGCUCGUGCUCUGGAUCUGUUUUCUGAUAAUGCACCACCACCUGAGCUCCUGGAGAUCAUUAGUGAAGAUGUUCUGAAGAGUACCUGCGAUGCUCAUCAGCUCUGCAUCAUUUCUGUCCUGCCUCAUAUUCUUGACACAGGAGCCUCAGGGAGGAAUUCUUACUUGGAUGUCAUGUUAAAAAUGGCUGAAAAAUACAAAAAGAAAAUGUGGGGAUGGCUGUGGACAGAAGCAGGUGCUCAGUCAGAUCUUGAGAGCUCUUUGGGGAUUGGAGGCUUUGGGUAUCCAGCAAUGGCAGCUGUUAAUGCACGGAAGAUGAAAUUUGCCCUUCUGAAAGGAUCUUUCAGUGAGCAGGGGAUUAAUGAGUUUCUCAGGGAGCUCUCUGUUGGCCGUGGCUCUACAGCACCAGUGGGUGGUGGAGCUUUCCCUAAAAUUAACAUAGUUGAAGCUUGGGAUGGCAAAGAUGGUGAGCUUCCAGUGGAAGAUGAUAUUGAUCUCAGUGAUGUGGAUCUUGAUGACUGGGAUAAAGAUGAGCUGUGAGAUCUUCAGGAAACCUCUUUUCUUGGGAGAGUUUGUGCAGUGGUUUGCAACCUGGUUCACAAUCAAAUGGAUAUUCCAGUGGCCUUUCUAUGGAAAAGUAGCACAUGACACACCGUGCUAUUUAAUCCACUGCAGCAGUGAACUGUACGCAUCUCAAGAAAACAUUGCAAAAAUUCUAUGAAUUGUUGUAACCAGUAAACUUGAUUGUAUUCUGUGUAACAAAUAUUUUGAGGACAACAUGGAUCUUUCUUUGAAACACCUUGGGUUUUAUUUUUUUGAGACAGUAUGUGCUAUUUGAAUGUUACUGAAGGUUGUUAGUGUAACCGAUUUUAAAUGUGUGUUUUUUAUUGAGGUGGAACCUGGUCAGCUUCUGUUUCAGUUAAAGAAUAAAACAAAAUAUUUUCAACACACAGUGUUAGUCUUGUACAGAGUAACAAGGGUGCACAUGAUAAAAACUAUCCAGGUUUGAAUGACUCUGAAAAAUGAACUGUAAGAUAGACUGGUGAGAGUGGAGUCCUAAACCACCCCCCUGCUGUGAAAGAGCUUUAAUGAUUUGGCCUAAAGCCUGAUUAGACAAUCUUAGUAUAAAUGCUCUUUAGUCUUCCUUUUCCUCUUCCUUCUCAGGGGCUUUCUCUUUCUUUGUGCUAGAAUUGAUAUGAUCAUUAAUACAAUGAAAGUUGGGUUGCUGCUCAAAUGGGAGAUGCAUCUAGUAGAAACUGAUGCUGAACUGGGAGCUGUUGGUCUUUCCCCGGGGUGAGCAGCGAAGCUAAUCCCAGUUUAUGGCUUGAGAGGGUGCUGACAGAAAAGGACUGAAUUGCUGUGUCCAGUAAAGUGGCUCUGACAUUUUUUGACUUCCCGUCUGGUAUUGUUUUGAUUUGAAUUGUAAUUUUCUUGGAAGGGGGAUCAGGAGAUAGUUGCUGCUUUUUUUUUGGUAAUAAAAAUACACUUGUAUUA